AUGAGCGACAUCGAACAAGCACAAAUAUCCAAAGAGCACGAUGGCACUGAAAUAGACCGGGAACGAGAUUUGCGUGGCUCAGGAGAGCGUCUAUCUAGAGCGCAAUCAAGGGUCCAAGAGAAGGAGAACCCAACGAAUUCGGGGUCGGUAAUAGACUGGAACGGACCAGAUGAUCCAGACAACCCACACAACUGGGGUCUUGCUUCUCGAUUCUAUCAUGCUACGGUCCCUGGCUUCUUUGGUUUCGCCGUCACCUUUGGAACCUCAGUCUACACCCCCGCCACAGCCGAUAUCAUGGCCGCCUUCCAUAUCUCCCGCACCGCAGCUCUGGUCGGCCUAACCGUCUACACACUUGGCCUCGGUUUCGGUCCGAUCAUCUCCGCGCCACUCUCUGAGAACCAUGGCCGUAAGAUCGUAUACCUAGUCUCGGCCCCCAUUUUCAUGAUCUUUACACUCGGUGCCGGGCUUUCGAACAGUCUUGCAGCUCUCCUCGUUUGUAGAUUCUUCGCAGGCUUAACGGGCAGUCCCGCGCUGGCGGUAGGCGCAGGGACGAACGCGGAUUUAUUCCCUCCUAGACAGAGGGCGGUGGUCACGAGUUGCUUUCUUAUGGCGCCUUUCGCGGGGCCUUCUCUAGGACCCGUUGUUGGCGGCUUCGCCGCCCAGUACAAGAAUUGGCGAUGGACCCAAUGGUGUAUGUUAUUCGUUGCCAUCGCCGUCUUCCUCACUGCACUUCCAAUGAAGGAGACGUACAAGCCUGCGAUCCUCAAGAAGAGAGCUAAAAAGCUCGGUAUCGCAUUGCCGACCAAUGAGGCGCAGGCUGUGAAGAGAUCAUUGGUGCAGAACUUCCUUCGACCUCUGCAUAUGCUGGUCACUGAACCCGUCGUCUUCUUCCUCUCCCUAUACACAGCCUUCGCCUUCGGCGUGCUCUUCCUCUUCUUCGCCGCCUUCCCUUACGUCUUUGCCGGGCCACCCUAUCACUUUGACGUCUCCCACGUUGGCCUCACGUUCCUCGCCAUCGGCACUGGCGUCCUGAUCGCCGGCGCAACCGGCAUUCUCAUUGACCAGAAGAUUUACCAAGUCCACCACCGAAAAGCUGUCUCAGAGGGACAAGCGCACGCGCAGCCCGAACAUCGUCUUUAUAAUGCGAUGAUUGGGAGCCUAGGCAUUCCCAUUGGUCUGUUUUGGUUUGGAUGGACCGCGGAUAAGGGCGUUCACUGGGCGGUGCCAGUCCUGGCCGCUGUGCCGUUUGCGUGGGGGAACCUGUGUCUUUUCACGUCAGCAGCGCUCUACAUGGUCGACGUAUAUGGGCCGCACAACGGGGCCUCCGCUGUCGCGGCAAACGGAAUCUUCCGCUACACGUUGGGUGCCGUGUUUCCACUCUUCACUGUCCAGAUGUACGGCGCACUUGGGACGGGCUGGGCUACCAGUCUCCUCGGCUUGCUUUCUGUUCUUAUGCUGCCCAUUCCGUGGGUGUUUUAUAAAUGGGGUCCGGCGAUUCGAAAAAGGAGCCGCUAUCCCGUUAUGAUGUAA